UCCGAGAGCGCGGAGCGAAACCAAAAAAACAACCCGGAGAGGAGAGGACAUCGGAGCGAGCCAUGAAUAACAAGACUACCCAUUUAAACACGAGUCCGCAGCGGGACGGCGGCUCCGGAACUGUGGACCAUGAGCUCGUUAUCACCUCUACUUUCGGGACGCUCCUCUCCGUCGUCUACGUCGUCGGAGUGUCGGGGAAUGUGUACACGCUGGUGGUGAUGUGUCACUCGAUCCGCUUCGCCACGUCCAUGUACAUCUCCAUCAUUAACCUGGCGCUGGCGGACCUGCUCUACCUCUCCACCAUCCCCUUCGUGGUGUCCACCUACUUCCUAAAGGACUGGUACUUCGGGGACGUGGGCUGCCGCAUCCUGCUCAGCCUGGACCUCCUCACCAUGCACGCGAGCAUCUUCACCCUGACCGUCAUGUGCACGGAGCGCUACCUGGCCGUCACCAAGCCGCUGGACACGGUCAGACGCUCCAAGAGUUACCGCAAAGCCCUGGCGUGGGGCGUGUGGCUGCUCUCCCUGGUCCUCACCGUGCCCAUGAUGGUCAUGGUCGCGCAGACCACCGAGAACGCGCCCGAUGGGGGUGUAAAGAGGAUGUGCGCACCCACCUGGUCGCCCCUGGCUUAUAAAGUGUACGUGACAGUCCUGUUCGGCACCAGCAUCAUGGCACCGGGGCUCAUUAUCGGAUACCUGUAUGUCAAGUUGGCCCGCACUUAUUUAGAGUCCCAGCGCAACUCUGUGAUCAGCAGCAGAGGCGGCAAGCGCUCGCCAAAGCAUAAAGUGCUGAUCAUGAUCUUCACCAUCGUGCUGGUGUUCUGGGCGUGCUUUCUGCCCUUCUGGAUCUGGCAGCUGCUGCCUCUGUACCACACCAAGCCCCUGAGCCUGACGUCGCAAACGCGCACCUGCAUCAACUACCUGGUGGCGAGCCUCACGUACAGCAACAGCUGCAUCAACCCGUUCCUGUACACGCUGCUCACCAAGAACUACAGGGAGUACCUGAAGAACAGGCACAGGAGCUUCUACAGGUACACGUCCAAGUUUAAGCAGCGGCCGCCCAGCCUCUACUCGUGGGGGAAGUCUCCGUCCUCCAGCAAUCACUUUGAGUUCAACUCCGAGACGCUGGUCAUGGGGACACUGAAGUGACUUGUGAAUCACCUGGAAGAGAGGAGAGGGAGCUUUUGGA